AUACCGUGGCUCAUUCUGUUACUCGCCAUCGAACCGUUCGGACGUCGCUGCGGAAAUCAAUUGUCGUGGUCCGGUUUUUGUCUUCACUUGAAGCUCGUUUAACGCUCGUUCGCCAGUGAAUAAUAGAGAUAAAAAAGCCGUUCAUCUGGACUAAACAACAGCUGGCCACAAGCAAGUGCAUCCGAAUUCGUAUUUGUGCAGUGCUCAUCUAGUCCCCCAGUGCAUCCAUAUAAAGCAACUGUCGCAGCAAGCGUAAAAUGCGACGCACAUCAAGUAUCUAAAGUAUAAAAUAUCUCAAGAGUGAACACAAGCAACAACAACAAAAACAACGACGAGUCGAGGAACUCGUUGCAAGCUCAAGCAGAAGCUGCCACAUAGAAUGGCCACCAACACAGAGCUGCUGCCCUUCCAUCAUCAGACCACAAUCUCGCUGCAGACAGCCGCCGCCCUGACCAACUAUCAUGGCGGUGGCGCUGGCGGAGGAGGAGGUGGUGGCGGCGGCGGCGGCGGCGGCGGCGGUGGGGCUGCAGCUGGCGGCAUGGCAGCCGGCUCCGCGGCCGGUUGGAAUAUGGACGAACUGUAUCAACAGACUGAGCUGCCCGGCUUGACACGCAACGCCCACCACCUGCUGCGCUUCACGCCCUACGCGCUGCACCAUCGACCGCAGCUGCAAACGCUGCCACCUGCGCUCUAUUUGCAACAUGCGGCAGCCGCGGCGGCGGCAGCAGCAGCGGCCGCUGCAGCGGCACAUGCCCAGCAUCAUCAUCAUCAUCAUCACCAUCAUCAGCACAGAGCCGCCUCGCCGGAGAGUCCGCCGCCCGUGGAGGGCACACACAUCAGCAAUCUGUUCCCGGAGCUGCUCGAGCAGAUCUUUGAGCAUCUGCCGGUGCGAGACUUGGGGCGUGCGGCACAGGUGUGCACCGCCUGGCGGGAUGCGGCCUAUGCGAAGAGCGUGUGGAAGGGUGUCGAGGCCAAGCUGCAUCUGAAGCGCUCCAGUCCGAGUCUGUUCAAUUGCCUGGUGCGACGCGGCAUCAAGAAGGUGCAAAUUCUGUCGCUGCGACGCUCACUCAAGGAUCUGGUGCUGGGCGUGCCGGCGCUAACAUCGUUGAAUCUCAGCGGCUGCUUCAAUGUGGCCGACAUGAAUCUGGGACACGCGUUCAGCGUGGAUCUGCCCAAUCUGAAGACGCUGGACCUGUCGCUCUGCAAACAGAUCACGGACACCAGUCUGGGCCGGAUUGCGCAGCAUCUAAAGAAUCUCGAGACGCUCGAGCUGGGCGGCUGUUGCAACAUAACCAACACGGGCCUGCUCCUGAUCGCGUGGGGCCUCAAGAAGCUGCGCCAUCUGAAUCUGCGCUCCUGCUGGCACAUCAGCGACCAGGGCAUCGGCCAUCUGGCCGGCUUCAGCCGCGAAACAGCCGAGGGCAAUCUGCAGCUGGAGUAUCUGGGCCUGCAGGAUUGCCAGCGGCUGAGCGACGAGGCGCUGGGUCACAUAGCACAGGGUCUAACCUCACUAAAGUCCAUCAAUCUGAGCUUCUGCGUGUCGGUAACGGACAGCGGACUGAAGCAUCUGGCGCGCAUGCCCAAGCUGGAACAGCUGAAUCUGCGCUCCUGCGACAACAUCUCCGACAUUGGCAUGGCCUACCUGACGGAGGGCGGCAGCGGCAUCAAUUCACUGGACGUCAGUUUCUGCGACAAGAUCAGCGACCAGGCGCUCACCCACAUCGCCCAGGGCCUGUACAGGCUGCGCUCGCUGAGCCUCAACCAGUGCCAGAUAACGGAUCAGGGCAUGCUGAAGAUUGCCAAGUCGCUGCACGAAUUGGAGAAUCUCAAUAUUGGCCAGUGCAGCCGCAUCACGGACAAGGGCCUGCAGACGCUCGCCGAGGAUCUGUCCAAUCUGAAGACCAUCGAUCUCUAUGGCUGCACACAGCUCAGCUCGAAGGGCAUCGACAUCAUCAUGAAGCUGCCCAAGCUGCAGAAGCUCAAUCUGGGCCUCUGGCUGGUCAGAUGAUGCGUUCACCAUGACUGCAAUGCCUGUGCCGCCGCCGAGGCAGAGAAGUCGGCGCAGGCUAACGCUUAGGAUGCCACACACUCUGUCUGUGUGCGUGUGUGUGUGUGCGUGUGACUUUUGUGACUUUGGCUGCGUCUUCUACUUCUUUUUGACUUUCGUCUUCCUACUCGUCUCCUUCUACCUGCGUGCCGUGUUGCAUGUCUGACGUGAAGGCAAGGCACGUAAUUACACACACCAGCACACACCCCAACACACACGCACACACAUUCGGAGUUGGGCAGACAACUAAGUUAAAAAAAAACAACAACAACAACAAGAUACACUGAAAACUCAUAGCUUUCGUUUGCCAUACCACACGCUGUACUAAAUUUUUUCGUACGAAUCGAGUAGAAAACGAAACAGCAAAAGCAACAGCAGAGACAGAGCGCAGGCGAGCGAGCCAACGACAAAGGAGGGAGAGCGGCAGCGGGAGACAGAGAGAGAGAGAGAGAGAGAGAGGCAGAAAACAACAAACGCCAACAACAAAAA